AUGAAACUGAUCUUCGUCUUCUUCAUUACGAGUUUCGUCUUGGUUGAAACCUUCAUUCUCUCUCCGAAUUUCGACAAAAAUGUAAUUCCGGACGAGAUUCGAAGAAUGCUCGAGUAUCGAGAAAUGAUACAACGACGUUUCGACUUGUUUGGCUUGUCGACAGAAGCGCCAAAGGACAUUGUCACCUAUUUGAACACGUAUAUCAAUUUGAAGUUGCGGGAAAUCCCGGGAAUCGCCGAAUACUUUGUGAACAUUGAGUACAAAAUCCCGCCCUAUCGUUUCUUCAUCAUGCUCUCCUUUGCAUGCUAUCAUUUACAGAACACCGCCUCUCUUCUUCUCCAUUUCAAUCGUUUCACCUGCACGAUUUUCCCCAUUUACCAUCAAGAGUUCUGGAAGCGUGGUGCUUUCCCUCUGAUUUGCCUCCUCACAAUCUACAGUUUCGCCGCCGUUUGGCCGGUUCCAUUGGUGAAUGGAUAUUACAUUGAAGUGAAUGGAGUGGUGGCGAGGAGUGCGUCAAUGUAUACGCAAUUGGCAGGCCUUUAUGUCUAUAUGGAUUACGGGGGCAAAAUGUACAUCGGAUUGGCGAUUUUCUUCAACGGUGCAACCGCUGCGAAAUUGCUUUAUUUACGGUUUCGUGGGCAAAAACUCUCCAACACCCAGGAAAUCGGCCUUUUCGUGAUGGCGUUCGCGACGUUUUUCUGCCAAAUCUUUUGCCAAUACGUCAUU